UAUAUAAUAUCACCAUCGACAUAUCUUAUAACCGCAACCAAAAAAAAAGUUCUUAUCUUUUAAAACUUAUCUAAAGAGACUAAGCUUCUUUUGAGAUGGCACCAACGGAGAUGAACAUCGAAAGAAAGGUAGAGGCUGACGUGGCGGUGAUUCCUAAUGAUGGAAAAAGGGCUUACGUCACUUUCCUAGCUGGUAACCAAGACUAUUGGAUGGGUGUGGUUGGUUUAGCCAAGGGACUUCGUAAGGUGAAAGCAGCUUAUCCUCUUGUUGUGGCUAUGCUCCCAGACGUACCGAAAGAACACCGUCAAAUCUUGGUGGCUCAAGGAUGUAUCAUCCGGGAGAUUGAACCGGUUUAUCCGCCGGAAAACCAAGCUGGUUAUGCUAUGGCUUAUUACGUUAUCAACUACUCCAAGCUUCGAAUUUGGGAGUUUGUGGAAUAUGAGAAGAUGAUAUAUUUAGAUGGAGACAUACAAGUGUUUAGCAACAUCGAUCAUCUAUUUGACACUCCAUCUGGCUACUUGUACGCCGUCAAAGACUGUUUUUGCGAGGGUUCUUGGUCAAAAACACCUCAAUACAAGAUUGGUUACUGCCAACAGUCGCCCGAAAAAGUGAGGUGGCCGAUGAACAGUCUUGGUCAUGUGCCGCCAUUGUAUUUCAACGCGGGUAUGUUGGUCUUUGAACCAAAUCUCCUCACUUACGAGGAUCUUCUUCAAACUGUUCAAGUCACCACUCCUACUUCAUUCGCCGAACAGAGAUAUUUACAAGCCAAUCCCUUCGACGUACAACCUCGUACUAGCUAUGCUUUGGCGUCAUCCCGAAUGCAUUGACCUCGACCAAAUCAAUGUUGUUCAUUAUUGUGCUAAAGGCUCAAAACCUUGGAGAUUCACUGGAGAAGAGGAGCAUAUGGACCGAGAAGAUAUUAAAAUGUUGGUGAAAAAAUGGUGGGACAUUUAUGAAGACACGAGUUUAGACUACAAGACAUUUGUUGAGAACGAGUCGAAGCUGAAUCCGAUCGUUGCAGCCUUGGCCUCUAAAGAAUCAGGUUGUGAUGGUCUUACUAGCCUCGCUCCUUCCGCCGCAAAAUCAAAUCCCUAACAUGCAUGGAAGCUAUCUUUUAUCGCUUUCUUUUUAAUGCAAGGUUUUAGCUAUAUCUAUAAUUUUCUUAUAAUUAUAUAUAGCAAACUUCUUUUAUGUUUGUGAGAUAAGAGUGGUUGGUCUUGUGUUUUUUCAAGACUUUUAUUUCCAUGACAACCUCGGCUACCCUUAAUUUGCUUUUGUAUCCCCCUCUCUUUUUAAUAAGUAAUCAAUAAUAAGAAUGAUAAUGCUAUUAUGGCUUUAA